CAAACAAACCCACACUCCUCCACUUCCACAACACAAAACGAACCACCAUGAAGAAAACCCACUUCCUCCUCUGCUUCUUCGCCUUGGUCGUCGCUCACUCUGCCUCAGCAGCUUCCCCAAAAUGUGACGCCCCUGAAGACCACGGCUCGACCCUGAAGGUGUUCCACAUCUUCAGCCCUUGCUCUCCCUUCCGGCCCGAGAAAUCGGAGUCGUGGGAGGAGAGCGUCCUCCAGUUGCAGGCCAAGGACCAGGCCAGGCUGCUCUACCUCUCCAGCUUGGUCGCCAGGAGAUCUGAUGUCCCCAUUGCCUCCGGGAGGCAGAUCGUACAGACGGCGACCUACAUUCUGAGGGCCAAGAUUGGAACCCCUCCUCAGACAAUGCUCAUGGCUCUUGAUACCAGCAAUGAUGCUGCUUGGAUCCCUUGCAAUGGCUGCGUCGGCUGCCCUUCUUCUGUUUUCUUCGACGCGCCCAAGUCCACCACUUUCAAGUCCCUUGGCUGCCAGUCCCCUCAGUGCAAGCAGGUACCCAACCCUACAUGCGGCGGCAGCGCGUGCGUGUUCAACAUGACCUACGGCAGCUCUUCCAUCGCCGCCAACCUCUCGUCCGACACCGUCACGCUCGCCACCGAUCCGGUCCCUAACUACACGUUCGGGUGCAUCCAGAAGGCGACCGGGAGCUCGGUGCCACCGCAGGGGCUAUUGGGCCUGGGCCGGGGUCCGCUGUCGUUCCUCUCCCAGACCCAAAGCCUCUACCAGUCCACAUUCUCGUAUUGCCUCCCGAGCUUCAAGUCCCUCAACUUCUCCGGUUCAUUGAGGCUUGGGCCUGUGGCCCAGCCGAAAAAGAUCAAGUACACCCCGUUGCUCAGAAACCCCAGGAGAUCGUCUCUGUAUUACGUGAAUCUGAUCGGGAUUCGGGUGGGCAGUAAAGUCGUCGACAUCCCGGCCAGUGCUUUGGCUUUCAACCCCACCACCGGUUCCGGCACCAUCAUUGAUUCCGGCACGGUGUUCACCCGGCUGGUGACGCCGGCGUACACGGCGGUGAGGGACGAGUUCCGGAGGAGGGUGGGGCGGAACGUCACGGUGACGUCGCUGGGCGGGUUCGACACGUGCUACGCGUCCGCCAUCGCGCCGCCGACCAUCACGUUCCAGUUCGCGGGUAUGAACGUGACCCUGCCGCCGGACAACAUCAUGAUCCACAGCACCGCGGGGACCACGUCGUGCCUGGCGAUGGCGGCGGCGCCGGACAACGUGAACUCGGUGGUGAACGUGGUCGCCAACAUGCAGCAGCAGAACCACCGGAUCGUCUUCGACGUGCCCAACUCGAGGAUCGGGGUGGCGCGUGAGCCGUGCACGUGAUUGUGAUGCUGGAUCGCCAAGAUCUUCAAAAAGCAGGGAUUGGGGGAUUUUGAAAUGAAUUUGAUUAUUAAAAUAGUAUGUGGUAGCUAGCUAGGUGUGGAGUGGUUUUGGGAUCGUGAUUUUCUCAUAUGGGUUGUCGUUUUGGAUGGACCAGAAAGGGUUCAGGGAUCUGAUCUGAGCUGAGGUCAGGUCAGGCUGGUUACUUUUGUUUGUUUGUUUAUCUUGGUCGGAGUGGAGUCAGGAAACUGUGACUGUCACGGGUUGGGAUAUCAUGUAUUUGGUCAAAUAAUUACACUAUGUCGGUAGAAAAAGAUUGGUUGUUUUUUUUUUUUUUUUUGUUGUGUGGCAAGAAUUGUAAAACCUUAUCAAUGUUUGUACGGGGAAAGUUAUAAGUACAAUCUAUUUCAUGUUGUUAAAUUGUGUUGAAAUUGUGAUAUAAAUUAUGUUUCAAUCA